AUGUCAUCCCUUUCCGAGGAAGAAGAGAAUUAUGUUCGAUUAACUUUGUUAUUAAAAGGAGUGUCACCAAGAGCAGUGCGAACUCUCUUUGAUAAAGAAUUUCCACCUACCACUCUACCUUCAACGCUGCAUACCAAUCACAAGACUCUUAAUGACUUGUAUAUGAAGAGAAUUUUGAACCAGCCUCAGUGGAACCUUUUGAGACCUACAAAUGGUGUACCUGACUCCAAAACUUUUGAUGUCACCUUAAUGAUUUGUUUGAUCAGAAACUUGACAUCCGUCAUUCCUCCAAUCAAUGGAUUUGACAAGCUACCUUUGCCAAAUGAAACAACUCCAGGUCCUGAUCUUGCAAGAAUAAAGUGUUACAGAAAUGAAAUAGCUCAUCAUGACAGUGAUACUAUAGACACUGCUUAUUUCAAUACAGCAUGGAGCGAGAUAUCAGACGCUGUAAGUCGACUGGGUGGUAUGCUAAUGAACCAAGAGUGCCAGGAAUUGAAGGUUAAAAUCUUAGAUCAGUCAAAUCAGGAAAUAAUGUUGGAAAUUAAACAAUCACAGGAAGAGAUGAAAGAACUGAGACGAACAAUGAACAGUUUAGGAAUGGAACACUCAAAAGUGACAAUAAACCUGAAAAAUCUGCAGGAUUCCUAUACUUCGUUACAGACUGAACACACAAAAGUUACAGAGGAAAUAAAGAUCUUAAAAGACCCGAUGCCAUGGAACAUCAAAGAACAAGUUAAAGAAGAGUUACAAACUUGGAAAGAAGCAGAUAAAAUAUUUAUAGAAACCAAUGGAACCAAAAGUGUUUUAAAAAGUUUGACAGAAAAGAACUGUAUUGUUGUCACUGGAAGUUCUGGUACAGGAAAAUCAAAAUUGGUGCACCACGUUGCAUUAAACAUGCAAAAAGAAGGCUUUGAUAUCAUACCAGUUUCUUCUCCUAAGGAAAUUAUCAAAUGGUACAAUCCAAAUUUCUUCAAGAAUCCAUUCUCAGUUUACAAAGAAGAGAUAGAUAAAUUACAAACAGAGGGAGCACAUGGAAAGUACUGUGCACUGGCUCUAAUUGUAAUGUUUUAUUAUUGUUUGAAAGACGAAUGGCUAACGGAAGAGAUUAAUAAAGAUAUUAAAACUAUUAUCAAGAACACUUACGAAACUUGUAAAGUGGCCAAGGGAAUGCCACGACUUGUUCUGCGUGACGAGCUGAAUUCCCUCAGUGAUUCAUUUAUACACAAAGAUGGUGAUGCAUACCGAACUAUUCAUGACAAGCUGUUUGACUUUAUCGCGUUUUACUUUGGUGGUGUUAUGAUUCAGUGUUUGAUUAAUAAUGCUACAAGUGGUUUUAUCCGUGAAAGGUUUUUAUUUGAAAGUAAAGCUGUGAGUGAUCGGUUUACAAUUAUUGUACCAGAAGAAUAUCAACAAACGUACAUACAGAGAAUGAUAGAUGACUGGUCAAGAAGAAAUGUAGUUGAUGUUUACUCUAAUAUCAAUAUGGACAAUUCAAUCUUUAGACAGAAAUUUCUCGAAUAUUACAACGGUUUAGAAACAGAUAGACAGAAACAAUUGGCUAGUUUAUAUGACACAAAUAACAACAGUAGUCCAUUAAUACAGUGCUGUUGUAUAGGAGAUGCUGGUAUGGUCCAAUGGUGCUUGCAACAAUGUACCAGUAAUAUUGACCACUGUCGUAAUAAGGAUGGAGCAUCAGCUUUGAUCGUUGCUUGUCAGAACGGACACACUGCAAUAGUUAAUAUUUUAAUAAAAAAUAAGGCAAAUGUAAAUAAGUGUAGUAAUGAUGACUCAUCUCCUCUGUACAUGGCUUGUCAAAAUGGACAUACUGAAGUUGUAAAGACGUUGACGAAUAAUAAGGCAGAUGUCAAUGAGUGUUGUAAUGAAGCAAUCUCACCACUGUACAUUGCUUGCGGGAAAGGACAUAAUCAAAUCGUUGAGAUUUUAUUAAAUCAUAAGGCAGACACAAAUAAGUGUAGAUAUACCGGAGAAACCCCUCUUUAUAUUGCCUGUUUGCUAGGCCAUAUAGAAAUUAUUCAUAUGUUAUUAAAUCAUAAGGCAGACAUAAAUAAGUGUAAAGAUACUGGAAUCUCCCCUCUUUUCGCUGCUUGUGCAAAAGGACACGUAGAAGUAGUUCAGAUGUUAUCAAACCAUAAUGCAGACAUUAAUAAAUGCAGCAAGGAAGAAAUAUCUCCUUUGUUUGUUGCCUGUCAGGAAGGAUAUACUGAAGUGGUGAAGACGUUACUAAAUCAUAAGGCAGACAUAGAUCGAUGUACAAACUCAGGACAGUCAUCUCUGUAUAUUGCUUGUGCGAAAGGAUAUUCUGAGAUAGUCAAUAUAUUAAUCCAACAUAAGGCAGACAUUAACAAGUGUGAAGACACUGGAAUAUCACCUUUGUACGUUGCCUGUGAAGGAGGUUAUACUGAAGAAGUUAAAAGAUUAUUAAACGCAAUGGCACACAUCAAUAAAUGCAGUAAUGAAGAAAUAUCACCUCUAUCAAUUGCUUGUUGGAAAGGGCAUACUGAAGUAGUUCGAGUAUUAAUGAUUAAUAAAGCAGACAUUAACAAGUGUAGUAAUGGAGAUGUAUCGCCUCUAUUCUUUGCAUGUGAAGGAGGACAUACUGAAAUAGUUCAGAUGUUAAUAGACAAUAAGGCUGACAUAAAUAAGUGUAAUGUUGAAGACGAAUCACCUUUGUACUUGGCGUGUCAGAAAGGACAUACCCAAAUAGUUGAGAUGUUGAUAGACAAUAAGGCUGACAUAAACAAGUGUAAUGUUAAAGACGUAUCACCUUUGCACUUGGCGUGUCACAAAGGACAUACCCAAAUAGUUGAGAUGUUAAUAGACAAUAAGGCUGACAUAAAUAAAUGUACAAAUACUAGACAUUCGCCUCUUCACAUGGCUUGUGGACAAGGCCAUAUCAAAGAGGUGAAGAUGUUAUUAAACAAAAAUGCAGAAAAAGAUAAUUCUACAAAUACUGGAGAAACACCUGUAUUUAUUGCUUGUAAUGAAGGACACAUUGAAGUAGUGCAUUUGUUAAUAAAUAAUAAGACAGACAUAAAUAAAUGUAACUGUAAAGAAGCAUCCCCUCUGUACAUUGCUUGUCAGAAUGGGCGUACUGAAGUUGUUAAGAUGUUAAUAAACUGUAAAGCAGACAUAAAUAAGUGUACAGAUACUGGAAUAUCACCUCUGUACAUUGCAUGUGGACAAGGACAUACUGAAGUAGUUAAUAUGUUAUUAAACAAUAAGGCAGACAUAAAUAAGUGUUGUGAUGAAGAUGUAUCACCUUUGUUUAUUGCUUGUCAGAAUGAUUAUACUAACAUAGUUCAGACGUUAAUAAACAAUAAGGCUCUUAUAAAUAAGUGUAGAGAUACAGGGGAAUCACCUCUGUACAUUGCUUGUUGUAAAGGACAUGCUGAAGUUGUUACGAUAUUAUUGAAUUAUGAAGCAGAUAUAAAUAGGAGUAAUGAUAAGAAAGUAUCACCAUUGUACAUUGCAUGCCAAGAGAGACACAUUGAAGUAGUUCAGAUUUUGAUAACCAAAAAGGCGGACAUAAAUAUGUGUAGAGAUAACGGAGAAACACCACUAUUCAUUGCCGCUGGCACAGGACAUUCCAAAGUAGUUGAGAUAUUGAUAAAAAAUAAGGCAGACAUUAAUAAGUGUACAUAUAUUGAAUACUCUCCUUUGUACUUUGCUUGUGCUAAAGGACAUAUUGAAAUAGUUCAGAUCCUGAUAAGCAAUGACGCAGAUAUCAAUAAGUGUACACAUACUGGAGAAACUCCACUAUUCAUAGCUAGUGGGACAGGACAUCUCGAAAUUGUUCAGAUGUUAAUAAACAUCCACGCAGACAUUGAUAAGUGUAGAGAUAGUGGAGAGUCACCUCUAUACUUUGCUUGUCAGGAAGGACAUUCUGAAGUUGUUAAUUUGUUAAUAAGCAAUAAAGCAGACAUUAAUAAAAGUAAUAAUCAGGCAGGGGCAUCUUUGUUCAUUGCUUGUAAGGAGGGACACAUCAGUGUAGUUCAGAUUUUAAUAAACAGUGAGGCAGAUAUUAAUAAGUGUAUAGAUACUGGAGAAUCACCUCUGUACAGUGCUUGA